AUGAAAAUUCUCGUGACGGGAGCAUCUGGCUACAUCGGCCAAGUAUUAUCGGAAGCGCUAUUGAAGGAUGGCCAUUCACUGACGCUGGCCGACGUUGUUCAGCCCGACAUUCCAUCGGGCGCAUCGACUUCCAACAAUCAGCCCACUUGCGUCAAAGUUGACUUGUUUGAGGAUGCCGAGUCCGUCAUCUCGCCAGACUUGGAUGCUAUAUACAUCUUACACGGCAUCAUGUCCGCGGGGAGCGAAGAAGACAUAGAUCUAGGCUAUCGAGUCAACGUGCACAGCGUGUUGAAGCUGCUGGAAGCCGUGAGAAAGAUUUGCCGCCCAGGUGUGCGUGUUUUAUAUACCUCAUCCAUCGCGGCAUACGGUUCACCACUGCCAGACAUUCCCUCUGAAGCAACGGUCUGCACGCCUCAGACAAGUUACGGAACACACAAAAUCAUGGUAGAAGCCAUGCUGAAUGACUACAAUCGCCGCGGUUUUAUAUCGGCCUUUUCGUUUCGGCUGGCUGGGAUCUCUGUCCGGGGCGGCAAGCCCACUAGAGCUGCAAGUAGCUGGAUGAGUGGCAUCAUCCGAGAGCCACUUCGAGGUCUAGAAGCUGUCAUUCCGUGUGAUGACGACUUCAAGUGCUGGAUAUGUUCACCUAAAACGCUCGUGAAGAACCUGAUCAUUGCUUUAACUUUGCCGACGAAUUGUUUGCCUCCUCACAUUCGACAAGUUCUACUACCAGGCAUAGUAGUAACCGUGCGGGAGAUGCUCCAGGCAUUGCAGGAUAUUGGUGGCCAAGACGCUUUAAAGCUUGUCCGGAGAGAAGAACCCACGCCGGAUAUCAGGAACAUGCUAAACAGCUGGCCAACACAGUUUGAUGUGUCCAAAGCGCUGGCAUUGGGGUUCGUGCCGGAUCAACCCUUCCGAGACACCGUACAAGACUUUGCAGAUAGCCUGAAGUUUCAAACAUCCAUUUGA